CAUAAAGAACCAACUUGCAUGUUUGCAUGGAAGAAAAAGGGGAGAUACUAGGAGGAAAGGAUUGUUAUACAUCCUACAGGAUGAUGACUGACCAUCAAAUCUAUAAGAACUAUAAGAAAGGAUCGUUAGUAGAAAACUAACCAUCACAACUAUAAGAAAGACUGGAACUGAUUGGUAGCAGAAUAGAAACUGUUGAGCCUAGUAAACUGUUAAUGCACCAGUGAGAAACCUUCAACAAUUCAGUUUAGGGAAGAAACUCAUAUUAGAAAAAUUAUGCUUACCUUUAUUCAUUUCACUAUCUGUAUUUAUCAAAGAAGAAACUUGAUCUUUCAGUUUAGGACAGAAAUUCAAAUUAGAAAGAUUCUGCUUAGCUUCAUUCCUUUCAGUAUCUGCAUAUUUAUAAGAAGAAACUUAACUGCAACUGAGGAAUGUGUAACAUCCUUUGCGGGAAGAAACUAAUUCCAUCUCUGUAGGAAGAGAAAAAAAUACAUAGAAAACUAUCUGCUAGUAAGAAAAAGGGGAACUGAUCAGUAACUGACUUGAAACUCUCUACCCCAAUAAUCUUUGAGUCAUUUUUUCUACUUUCCCUUGGUAAACUGUUUGUACACCAGUGCAGUAGGUGAUUACUUGCAGAGGAGGCCAUUGAUUCUGUUGUUCUUGUAGACAGUCCAUAACAAGUUACAGGUGAAAAAGCUCCUACUUAUGAAUGAAGAGAAGAAACAGUUGUUUGGCGAAUUAAUUUAUGAAGGUUGAAGGGUAAGUAGGAAACUUGACAAGAAAAAGGAAAAAACAAUAGUUGAACAAAAUAUGACUCUCCUGGCCUGAACUUUGAAGGGCAGCUUAGUUAGAGAUUUAUCUUAGUUCACCCCCUUUGAGAAACUAUCAGCUUCCACCUUGCUUUACUUUAUCCUAAAAACAUAACUGCCAGCCAAGCUUUUAGGGUUUCUCUGCACUCAGUUUGUGUUCUUUCUUCCUGCCUGUCUUUUGCCGUUCUAUGGACUGUAACGAUUCUGUUAUGCUAAAUCAGGUCUCGGGUGAUGUUUCUGCCGUAUUGAAGGCUUUGGAGGAGAUUGCUUAUCAACUGAGGGAAAACCCACCACGGCAAGUAAUUUCGAUAAGCCCAGCAUAUAAUUACACAUCGAUUCGACCACCUCAGCCAUAUUUGGACCCUACUUCAGCUGAUUAUGUAACCUUCGAGAUGGUGAUAUCGGAGACGUUGGUUGGUGGGUUGAUUGGAAGGUGCGGGUCCAACAUAUCUAGAAUCAGAAAUGAGUCUGGUGCUAUGAUCAAGCAGGUUUAUGGCGGGAAAGGUGAACAAAAGCUCAGGUGUAUUCAGUUUGGUGGUAGUGCUCAGCAGGUAUAUCCAUAUCUUUUAUUCCUAUCUGCAAAGUACCGCAUCUUUUAGUGAGCAAUAAGAUCCACGGAUAACUGAUGUUUUGAUGAAUAAACAAUGAAACAAGUUUGUUAAUUGAUGACCCAGCAUAUGAUAUAACUUAUUCUGCAUUCUGUGUUGCAACUGUUAUAAGAAGAAUGCACACCAAGUGGUGUCUUACCUCUUGAAAUCUCUUUCAUGUAGUAGGGCUCAAGACUAAAAAACUGUUAGAAGAAGAAUGCAGAUAACAGAGUAAAUGUCUUCCAAAAGUUCAUUGACAUUUAGGGAGGCUUCAAAAUGAAUGAAUCUCAUAGAAACAUCGUUUCUAUUUGUAAAUCUUUGUUUUUUGUUGAUAGACUUGUUUCAAAUUUGUAAGUUCAAUUUAGGAUGAAUUUUAAAUGGAAUUUAAACAAUAUAUUUCAAACAUAUCAAGAUUGAGGAAAUUUAUAAAUGAAAUUAUGGUGGUUUAGAAGAGAAAAAACUAUAAAAAGAAACGCAUGCCUUAAGAGGGUGUUUGACUUACCUUACUGUGUAGAAGCUUAGAAGCUGUAGUAAGAGCUCUGUAGCGACAUAUAAGCUAAUACAGUUAUUCAAAAUAUACUUUCAAGUGUUUAG